AACAGCUUGUGAAUUGACCAAGAAGAUUGAUAAUUUUGGGAUUUAGGCAUGUCUAGACAGUCAAUAAUAGUAGUGAUCAUUCGAGAUUGGGGAAAGUGCAGGAAUUCUGUUAACAAAUUGACAGCAUUAUGGGUUUGAAUUUCAACUUUGUGGAUAAUGUUGCAAGUUUAGGUUGUUUUGAAGAGAUGGCAUUUUGAUUUUUAUUUUGCUUUAGAAGAAGGGAUGUUUGAUGAAGCAGAAAUAAUAUGUUUAAAUUCAUGUUUGGAAGGAUAGGCAAAAUUAGAAGUGUUAAAUUGA